UAGAAACAACUAGUCUGCGCGCAGUCGAAUUAGUAGCAAAGAUGGCAGCAAUAACUAAGAAAAGAUCCCCGGGUUUCUUUCCUAGCUACAGUACUGUCAUUGCGAUAGUUGUAUGCAUCUUUGCAUAUGCAGAGGUGGUAUCGGCAUGGAAGAAUAUAUGCGUUCCUGGAGAUAUAUACAUGGAUUCAUACACUGUUGGUGGCCAGCGGGCUUGCAACUCUUGUACAAAUUGGUGUAAAUCACAGUGUUCAAAAUUGGAACUUUCAAUGGUCAAGGGUACAGAUAAGUGUUUAAGAAACCCCCAAAAUACUAUUCGAUGCAAGUGUUGCUGUGAAAAACCCUUCUCUCCCCCAAAACCACCUCUUCCUCCUUCUGCAAGUGUUUAA